CCAACGGCAUAAGUAGGGGACGCAGCUGCAGUCAAACAUUCGUGAGCACGGUAGAACAUAGCAACUUCUACAGAGACGACUAUGGACCUGGCGACAUUGAAGGCUGCUUUCAAGGGCGACAUCGUAACUCCUAGCGACGCCGACUACGAUCAAGCUAUCGCUCGAUGGGCGAAGAACGCAGCAAGAAAGGCCGCUGUCGUCGCCUUCGUCAAGGACGCGGAGGACGUUUCCCUUGCUAUCAAGUAUGCCAAGGAAUCCCAGUUGACCAUUGCGGUCAAAUGUGGGGGUCACAAUGCUUCCGGGGCGUCCUCUGCCGAGGGCGGUCUCGUUAUUGACUUGUCUCGGUAUCUCAACGGUGUGACUGUUGAUGUCGAGAAGAGGCUGGGAUACGUUGGAGGGGGUGCGAUAUGGGAGACGGUUGAUCAAACCGCGAUUGCCCACGGUCUUGCGACGGUUGGCGGUACUGUGAACCACACUGGUGUGGGCGGGCUUAUUCUCGGCGGCGGGUAUGGAUGGCUUAGUGGAGCCUACGGUUUGGCUAUUGACAAUCUCGCCACGGUUGUGACCGCCGAUGGCAGCAUCCUCACGGCAAACGAGAAGGAGAACGCAGAUCUCUUUUGGGGAAUCCGUGGCGCAGGCUCGAAUUUCGGCGUGAUCACUGAAUUCGUCCUCCAGCUCCAUCCACAACGCCGCACUAUUUUCUGUGGCUUGGUCAUAUUCUCACCCGACAAGCUCGAGGCGCUCCUUGACGUCACCCAGGCAUGGUGGGACAAGGGUCCGUCCGAGAAGGAGGGCGUGUUGCAGGGCUUCACUCGUGGCCCGGACCACCAGCCGGCCAUCGUCAUGUUCCUUUUCUACAAUGGCUCCGAAGCAGAAGGCCGGGAGAACUUUAAGGCGUUCUUUGACCUGAAACCCGUCGCUGACUUCGCCCAUGAGAAGCCUUACGAGGUGUUGAACACCCUCCAGAACGGGAUUGCGGGGCCUGGUCAGAACGUCUACAUGAAAGGUUGCUUCGCGCCCUCCGAGUUCCCGCGAGCGCUCCUUCCCGCGGUCUUCACACGGACAAUGGAGCUAUCCGCGCCUGAGCAGUACACCGUCGCACUGCUUUUCGAGUAUUUCCCUCUCGGGAAGGUCAACAGCGUUCCGGACGACGCGACUGCGUACCGCCGACACCUUUCACCGAACGUGCUGUCUGUCGUGUACUACAAGGAGGAGUCCGACAAGGCAUUCAAAUACUCGCGGGACACGACACACGAGCUCUGCAGUCUCAUCACAGGCAAGAGUGCGGACAACCUAGGAUAUGGGAACUACAGUCCUGACAGCGCAGCAUUGCCCGUGGAGGGUCUCGCCCCUGUGUCCAAGGCCAGUGUGAACUUCGGCGCGAAUUACAAGCGGCUGCAGCAAAUUAAGAGGAAGUAUGACCCCGAGCUGCUCUUCCAUAAGUGGUUCGUCAUCACCCCGGCUUGA